AGUUCCGUUCCGCCCUCUUGGUUUCUUUGUUGGAGUGUGUGUUUUGUUCGGUGCUGUUGACUCGGGUUUUUAAUUUUUUUUUAUUUUAUUUUUUUUUUUUAAAAACUUAGUUUAGAUUUCAAUGGGUAAGAAAAUACGGACGGCACCCGGGCGCAGGCCAAUCCUGCAGCUUUCCCCACCGGGUCCCCGUAGCAGCACCAACCCGCGGGAGGAGAACCCGGGAUCCACGUCCGAAGAUGAACAGGAUGACACUGGUAAUGUACCCAUGUUUAUGCAAAGCGCCCCUAAGGAGAUCAGCCUGCAAGCAAAGCCUCCUACAGUCAAAGCUACAGAGGGUUUGACCUUGCUAGGGGCCUAUGAAGACAGCGAUGAAGAGGAGAGUCCUGACCUGCAGCCCCAGCCAGCAAAAGCCAACCACAACCAGCCUGGUGACAUUGACAGCACACUGGCCAGUUUCCUAGCUGAAAUUGAUGCAAUCACGACCCAGAACCCAGAGGAAUCAACGGCUGAUUCUACAGCUCCUCCCCCAACCCCCCCUCGCCCGGAGCCCAAAGACCAGCCCCUCAUUCCGAGCCACACUGCAGCCCCCAAUGGAACGGAGGCUGCAACCACAGGGACGGAAUUUCACUAUGACACCCAGUACUCUCUGUCUGGAGCUGGUGUGGAGAUGGGAUACUGGCAUGAGGUCUGGGAUGAGAACUCCGGCUGUUUUUAUUACUGGAAUACCGAGUCCAACGAGGUGACCUGGCAGCUACCCCUGGACCUGGCUCAUCAAGUGCAGGGCUUGCAGCACUACACAGACAGUUCUGCCAUGGCUGUGAAUGGCAGUAGCGCACAGAGUGUUGUGUGUUACCCAGAACAGAACCCAGUGAUCUCUACGACUGUGCAGAUCAUUAAGAAAGAGAGCAAGAAGAAGGAAGUCAUGGAGAGUGUCGUAGCACUGACCAGUGAAGAGGAGGCGAGGAGGGGUGUUGCUGCCUCUCUGCUGGCCCCCCUCAUCCCGGAGGAAGUGAAGGAGGCUGAGGAAAGGUGGCGGAAGAAAGUUGUGUGCCUGGAGGAGGAGGGGCCUGGCUCUGAGGGGGAGGGACAGACUACAGAGCACCCCGCCCCCACUGACGUAGAGACCCGUUCCCACGGCGACCCGCGCAGUAAUGCCCACUCUGGAGAGAGCUCAGAGGUGGGUGAGAAUGAGGAAGAGGAGACAGAGGAAGAUACCCGCGACUUGGAGCUGGCACUGGAGAGAAAAAAGGCUGAGCUGCGUGCCCUAGAGGAAGGGGAUGGCAGCUUGACGGGGUCCAGCCCUCGGUCUGACGUCAGCCACGAGGGCAGCCGCGUGGAGCUGCUGAAAAAGGGGAAGUGGAAGACCACUUUUGUUCGGUCUGCCAGCCCAGAUUCCAACAGCCGAAGUUCAGAAAAAGCAGGCAGGGAUUCCCCAGACCCCCCGGAAGCAGAAAUCUCCUCUGUGUUGGAUGUUGCAGCCUGUUCAAAGGGGAAUGAAAAGGCAGUGGAGGAAAAUGAAAUAGACACAGAGGCUCUUUCAGAGAAGACCAAACCCAAAGUGGCCCAAAAGGAAGAGGAAGAUAAUGUCGACCUUAAGUUUCAGAUCGGGGAGCUCGCUAACACUCUGACCAGUAAAAUGGAGUUUUUGGGAAUUAACAAAAAGUCCAUAUCUAACUUUCAGCUGCUGCUUUUACAAACUGAGACCCGGAUUGCAGACUGGCGGGAAGGAUCUCUCAGCGGAAACUAUCUGAAGCAGAAGCUUCAAGAAGCAUCCGAACAGAUUAAACAUUAUGAAAUUAACGCCACACCUAAAGGCUGGUCCUGCCACUGGGACAGGGAUCACAGGCGCUAUUUCUAUGUUAACGAUCACACCAAUGCUUCUCAGUGGGAGUUCCCCGAUGUGGAGGAGGAAGGGGAUUCGGACGGGAAGGACAUGAAACCGGAGCAGGGCUCCAAAGACCAGGGUGAACCUAGGCCACCGGCGGACCCGCUCAUGAUUGCGACAGGACCCACCAAUUACAUGAGCAUUGCCCCUGUGCCUCCCGGAUUGCCGGUGCCAUCCUACUGGUCCCUGCCCCAGCCCCAGACCCAGCCCCAACCCCCACUCCCUCCCCUCGCUCCGCCUCCCCCUCCCCCACCCCCGCCUGAAAGCGAGGAGGCAGAGAUAGAGGAGGUGGAGAUGGAGGAAGAUGAGGGGGAGCCCCCAGCUCCGGGCACUGAGGAUGACUCUGUCCGCAAACACCUGCUGCCUCCUGCUGCAUUCAGCUACAAGAACACAGAGUCUCCCUCUUCCCCCGGCACAGUAACCAAGGCUGUGAAGCGGAAAGCAACGGUUUCCAGUUCAGGGCAGCUACAGAAAUCUGCCACUAUUGGCAGCAACGCAGUGUUGUACAGCCAAGCCGCUGUGGCAGCAGCUCCGGAGGUGGUUCCUCCAGUUUUCUGGGGAGUCCCGGCUGUGUCUGCUUUUGUCCAUCCCACAGAGACUGUGGUGGCAUUGGGACCAACUCCACUGCUUCAGCCAGCCCUGAGCCGAGCCCCAGCCUCCAGCAGCACUGACCAGCCGGCAGCGAAAACACAGCCAGCGGAGAAAUCCAAGAAACUGAAAAAGGACAAGGCAAAGAAGAGCAAGACUAAGAUGCCGUCUCUGGUUCAGAAAUGGCAGAGUAUUCAGCGGGAGCUGGACGAUGAGGAGAACUCGAGCUCCAGCGAUGAGGAUCACACCGUGCUCAACCACAAGCGCAUAGAGGAGUGGAAGCAGCAGCAGCUUGUCACUGGUAAAGCAGGAAAAAGCGCAAACUUCGAAGCCCUUCCUGAGGAUUGGAGAGACCGACUGAAGAGGAGAAAACUGACUCAGAGCACAUAGUGUUACUGCAUCACUUUCAAUACUCUCCUGUAAAAAAAAAAAAAAAAAAAAAAAAAAUGUACCUAAACUUCUUAAACCAACUUUGUAACUGUAAACAUGGAUAUCAUAAUAACUUAACUGCUAAAACAGCAGGUCAGGUUGCAUUUAAUUCUGGUUCCUCUCUUUUUUAUUAAAUGUUUUGUUUUACACAAAGUGCAAAGCAAAGUGGAAAAGGCAGCUUCAUUUAACCUGCAUUAUUAUUUUGAUUCGUUUGCAUCAGCAGGGCUGUGGCAAAGCUUACAGUUCCUGUCCUGCUUCUGCAUUAGUCACUGUGCCAUUGACAGGGCCUUUCUCUGUACUACAGCUUUUCAGUUGCCAAUAACAGUUAAGGUAGUUCAGGUCAGUCCACCUCAUGGCCUUUUCAAUUAUUUGGCUUGACACAAGAGAAGUGGUCUGGAGUAUAUGUUUGCUGCUGUCUUGCGGUUCAUCAUGUGUUUAGUUUAAUGCAUCGUUGCUCCUGUUUCUUGGGCUUGCUGUAUCCUUUAUUUCAACAGAAUAGGUUUGCGUUGAAGCUCAUUCAGGUCAAACGACAGUGCGUGAUACAGAGCUAGGACUUUAAGGCAGGGUCUCCUGGCUGUUUCAAAUGUAAAAUAUAUAAAAAUAUAAACUACUGUAUUACUGUUUCACCUAUGACAAAACACUAGUGAAGCAUGCAGUCUGUUUUCUAGUAGAAUUAAAAAUGCAACCCUGUGUUACUUUGUAGGUGUUAUUUUCAGAUGUCAUUUUUGCCACUGUUAAAUGUAAGCGCUAUGGCUUGUAUUUGUGUUCAUGAGACAGUGUAAACACCUGAAGGGUAGCGGGUGUAGAAAACAAUGUGGUUGAGGGCAGACUUUUUGAAUAAAAAAAAAAAUAAUAACUUUGUACAUUUUGUAUAUAGCUAUAAAAUAAAAUCUUUUUUUUAACAAAUUGAGUUCAUUGUAAACACCAGCUGAUUUUAUCGUGUGUACAUUUAUUCUGACGGAUGACUGCAUGAUUAAGUGUUGUAAAAGAUAUAUUACAAUGAAAUACUAACUGGUUUGCUAUGUUGAUGUAGUUCUUACAAUGCACGGAGGGUGGCAGUACUGAGCUAUCAAGGAAGCAGGUAGACAAAGCAACUCCCUAGAAUAAAAUUGUUUUAUGCAUUCUGGGUCCAACACACCGCCUUUAUUUUGGGAUAGGGAACCGGACUCUACAGUUUAAUAAAGUCACACCUUCCAAUAAAACAUGAACCUAAACAU